GUAGAUCCUUCUUGCUAUGAGGAUGAAGGAACCUUUUUUCCAGUGUUUCAUACUCAAGUCCCACCAGAAGAGUAUGAAAACCAUGUAACGUAUGCCAGCCAAGGUUUUACCUAUGAUGUGGAAAGAAAUGAAUCACUGAUCAAAUCAGAUAAGAAACCUUCCUCAACUACAGAAAAUAUUGAGCUCAGGGGUAAACAUAACCAAGAUUUUAUUAAGAGAAACAUUGAGUUGGCCAAGGAAUCAGGAAACCCAGUGGUUAUGAUUGAUAAAGAAAAGAAAAGGCUUGUUGAACUUUUGAAGGACUUAGACGAUGGAGACUUUGGACUUUCUAGUUCUGAGGGUCAUCAGUCCGGCUGGCUGGUCCCAGGAGAAGGAUAUACGCUUGCGGUUUCUGAGCACCGGCAGCUUGCUGAAAUUGAUACAAAACUCCAAGAAUUCUCUGCAGCCUCCCCAGCAAUUUCCAACUUUGCUCCAAGACUGGAAAGCCAGAAUGAUCAGGAACUUGUCCUUAACGAUGAUGGCAGACGUACAGAAAUAACUCCAGGAGAAAAAGUACUUCGGAACACCAAGGAACAAAGGGAUCAGCAAAACAGGCUGAAAGAGAUCGAUGAAAAGCUGAGAAAGAUGAAGGAAAAUGUAGUAAGUCUUUUUUUUAUUUAAAG